CCUAACGCCUAACUGAGUCGACAAACCCAACAUUGCAAAAAGUCAUCUGCUGCUAUAAAAAGAGAUGAAGCAACAACUUGUUUAGGUAGGCCUGAUUACUGGAACGAGUGAAUAAUGAAUUAGUGAGUCACACGGGCCGUUUCUGAGCUUCACAUGCACUGAAAUAACACGACCAGAACCCCACAUUACUGCUGAAUUACAGCGGCGCAGUGCUGGAACUGAAAUAAUGCCACAGCUUCAGCAUAAUUACAUGUUUGUGCGCUUUGUGGCUGAACUACUGUAAAACUCCCACACGCAGGCACGCUGUGAAGGAUCUCCAGACUACCUUUGGUCCUACAUCUCCCCUCGUCUCUCAUCAGAUAAAGAUGAAAACAUUCCUCGCUCGGUCGCUGGUUUUUCCUCAGAUGAAGCUCUGGUAGAUCGGUAACCUGCAGGCGGCGGACUAUGUUCUCCUGAAUGAAGUUUACCGAGCCUCCGCUCUUGUUUUUAGCAUCCCAGCAGGCAGCGGUUUCAGGAUGCUGCAAGACACAUGAUACCGUUAAUGUACUGGAUGCAGUUGUUCCGCUAACACAGGGUUAGGAUCAGUCCAGUCAGGGAUCAGUCCAGGCGGUGAGGGCAGAGGGAAAGCCCCGUCCACAUCCCCGCUAACAGCUCAUCUCACCGCGGCGCCAUUUCCGCCGUCCUCACGGCCGGUAGAGUGGAGCGAGACGCGGGCUUACGGCUUUCCCCGAGCGGAUCAGCGGCUGUGGCUAUCCCGGUGUUCCCGGCUUUACUAGACGACACUAUGGUUGCGGGAAAGGGCGCGGUGAAGGGGUCGCUCUGGCAGAAUGAGAAAGUGCGCUUCGCCGUCUGCUUCUGCGGCGUCUUCGUCUGUUACUUUUACUACGGAAUACUGCAGGAGACUAUCACACGGGGUGAUUACAGCCAGGGGGAGAAAAAGGAGAAGUUUCGUUAUGCCACUACUCUCGUCUUCAUCCAGUGCAUAAUCAAUGCUAUCUUUGCCCGAAUCUUGAUCCAGAUUUUUGAGGGUUCCAGGCCGGACCACACGCAGAGCUGGCUCUAUGGCGUGUGUGCACUGUCCUAUCUGGGGGCCAUGGUGUCCAGCAACUCUGCUUUACAGUAUGUCAACUACCCCACGCAGGUGUUGGGGAAGUCCUGUAAACCUAUCCCAGUGAUGAUCCUGGGGGUGACCAUUCUGAGGAAGAAGUACCCCAUGGCCAAGUAUCUGUGUGUGCUUCUGAUUGUCACUGGUGUCGCACUUUUCCUCUACAAACCCAAUAAGGGCUCCACUGCCUCAGAUGAGCAUUUUUUUGGCUUUGGAGAAAUGCUGCUGAUUCUGUCUCUGACCCUGGACGGUUUGACGGGUGUGGCUCAGGAUCAUAUGAGGGGGCGGUUCCAAACAGGAGCAAAUCACAUGAUGCUGAAUGUGAACCUGUGGUCCACGCUGGUGUUGGGCUUGGCUGUGUUGUGGACAGGUGAAGUGUGGGAGUUUUUGAGUUUUGCUGAUCGCUACCCCAGCAUCAUCUACAACAUCCUGCUCUUUGGUUUCACCAGCGCUCUAGGACAGACGUUCAUCUUUAUGACGGUUGUGUAUUUUGGCCCUCUGACCUGUUCUAUCGUCACAACGACGCGGAAGUUCUUCACCAUCCUGGGCUCAGUGCUGCUAUUCGGAAAUGUUCUCAGUCCCAUGCAGUGGCUUGGAACCAUCCUCGUCUUCUUAGGUUUGGGGCUGGAUGCUAAGUUUGGAAAGGCACCCAAGAAGACAACACACUAGAGCACAAAGAGAAUGCAUGAGUUUGUUGAACUCAUGGACAGUAAACUGAAGAAAUGAUCUAUUUCUAUUGGUACAUUACUUUUAUCAGUGGCUAAUCUUAGACAUUUCUAUUACUUCUUUUAUGGAUAAAUUACUAUUGAAUACUGUAUAUCACUCUUAUUUAACAGAGGGCCACUAAUGGCAGUACAGUUGUCCACUCAUGGAUUUACAUUUAUGACAUUUGCCAGACACUCUUCUCCAGAGCGACUUACAAUUUGAUCAUUUUUACACAGGUGGGCAAAGGUAGUGUUAAUGAGUCUUGCCUAAGGAUUCUUAUUGGUAUAGUGUGGGGUGUUUGGCCAGUCGGGGGUUGAACCCCAGCCUACAGCGUGGAAGGCAGAGAUGUUACCCACUACACCAUACCAACCACAACAAAACACAGUGGCCAUAACUUGUUUUAAAUACCUGAAAGUAAAGGGACUGAGAAAUCUUGCGGUUAAGUAGUCAGAAAACUGCACGAACAGUCAUUAUAAAGGUUUGGGCAGCCUGAUUGAAUUACGUUUUGUUGAUUUGUUUAUUUAGUUCUGCAGAUCUUAAUGCACAGUAACCAUUAAUUUGAUGAAAGAAAUAAAUAUAAUCCAAGAUAUUAAACUGCAAAUAAAAAUAAAUUGUGCAUUAAAAUUUGCUGAAGAUACAAUAUUUAAGUUUGUUCCCUGUAGAAUAUGUGCUAACUUUAUUUUCACUUUAAAACAACAACAAAAAAAACAACAACAGAGUGUCAUUUGAGCAGGGGUGUCAAACUUUUGCAUAUGACUGUAUUCUUGCUGGUUUGUACUGCUUUGAACCACACCACCCAGGGAACCCCAGAGCCUGAGGAAAAUGACCAAUAUUAGAAUGCAUUGCACAUUUAUGUAUGUGCAUUACCUACAAUUAACCAGUCAUAUCAAAUUAAACCCAGACAUAUCCCAGUUUUGGUCUUAAUUCUGCUCUGGAUUCUGUCAGAUACCUCAUUUGUGGCUCAUGUCAAGUGUCCUCAGCGAAUGUUUAAGAAGGCCUUUGCUUUGACAUCUGUAAAAUGCUGAUUCACAUUCAUGAGUGUGCAUGGCUGGGUAUUUGUGUGUUUGCACACACUCCAUUCAAAACCUGCAGUCUGUCCAGUGUGUGAGUAUGUUGUGCGAGUUCACACAAGCCACACUCGGACAGCCGGAUUAUAUUCCUCAUGAAAAUCAUUCCAAUGUGCACCAUGAAUCUUUCAUGUAAGAGAUAUAAGAUGAGUUUUCAUGUAUUUGCAUUCAUGUUGUGUGUCUUGUUUACUGUCUGGGAAAAUGUCAUUUUCCACUACAUACAUUUUAGAGAAAAAAAAAACUCUUUUGAAUAAUUAGUUUUGGUAUGUGUCUUUUUCCUUUUUUAUAAUGCUAUAAUGGAUGUUAAACUAAAAGGGACUCCGCCAGGCUGGUGGGGGUUUCUGUUGACCAGCUGUUGUAAAUGAACGGCCGCCAAACAUUGUGUUCAACUCUGCCAGUAACACCAUGCUGUCCAUCUGUCCAGAGAGAGAAACACCCCACAAGAUGACAUUAAAAUUAGAGCUUGGACGUAAA